GGGGAUCGGAUUCUCCCUUAAUUUCCUCUGAUCCAGCAAUUGCAACGGAAUGGAGAAGGAGAAGGAGAAGGUGGGCGAUUCUCACUCGUCUUCAGAUCCCGUUUCGCCAACUAGUAACGAGAUGACGAAGGCUAAGUCUCCAGAAAUGCGUUUGGAAAAGAUAAAAGGCGUCAUAGAAAAGCUUCAAGCCUCGGGUCAAGAUAUCGAGCUACAGUAUCGCAAUGGGUCGGUGAUAGUCGAGGGUCACUUUGAUCUUGAGAAGUUACAAAAUGAGGCCGGCGAUGCGAUCAAUUCAAUUAGACACGUCCUUCGAAUACCUUACUCCGGCAGGGUACCAAUGAUGGGAGUUCCCGAAUUUCAAAAAACAAAAUUUACAAAGAGAAAAAAGAUUUCAAAGAGAAAACCCAGAGAAAAAAGAUUACAAAGAGAAAAAAGAAGAAUCGAAGUGCUGUGUACUAUGAGCCUGGAGAUGCUGGAGGCUCCGGGUUUCAUGCUAGUUGCUGAUGGUUGUAGUUCUGGACCAAGGUAAAAAAAACAAAAAACAAUGGUGUCCAAUAAAAGUAAUCGGUAUUAUUGCUGGUA